AUGCUCUCAGCAUCCCAUGUUCUACGCGUCCAGCGCGUAGCUGUUUCACGCGGGAAGCGUGCUUUGCAUGACCUGGUGACGCUUCCUGGCCGCAAACCAGUCAUUUCGUAUGGAACACCUGGCUACAGCGCAGUGAGCGGCCAUGUCGUCACCGUCUUUGGUUGCACAGGAUUUCUCGGACGCUAUCUUGUCUCGAAACUUGCUCGAAUGGGUACGCAGGUCAUCGUGCCUUACCGCGAAGAGGAUGAGAAAAGGCACCUCAAACCAAUGGGUGACCUCGGCCAGAUAGUUCCCAUGGAAUGGGAUAUCCGGAAUGAAGAACAAAUUGCUGAGUGCUUAAGGCAUUCUGACAUCGUUUACAACCUUGUCGGCCGAGAAUAUGAAACAAAGAACUUUAAAUACGCUGACGUUCAUGUUAGCGGAGCGGAGAGGAUUGCAAAAAUCGCGGCACAAGUAGGAGUACCACGCCUGGUACAUGUUUCUCACCUGAAUGCUUCGACAUCUUCCACGUCGCAUUUCUACCGAACCAAAGCUGAGGGCGAAGAACGUGUCAGGGACGCCUUCCCCGAUGCCACCAUUGUUCGCCCUGGCUCAAUGUAUGGCCCCGAGGACAAGUUCUUGAACAACAUGGCUAGUUGGCCUAUUUGGUGGAAGCUCAACCACGGAGAAACCAAAAUUCGGCCAGUUCACGUUAUGGACGUUGCUCAAGCUUUAACCAAUUUGAUGACCAUUCCCCAAUAUCCCGGCACAAUUUCCCUUCCUGGACCAAGGACGUUGACGACGGAGUACUUGUUAGACUUGGUGUCAUCCUUGACUUACGUCCCGCCAUCGAGUGCACCUGUGCUGCCCAAGUCUAUUGCAUUGGCGCUCGCCAAGGUUGCUCAGGCACCGUGGUGGCCGCUCAUCAGUCCUGAUGAGGUGGAGAGGCGCUACAUAAACGACGUGGACGUUCCAGGCGAUUGGGAAGCUGUAGGGGUGACUCCUGACGAGAUUGAGAACCAUGCGAUCACGUACCUACGAAGGUAUCGUUCGGCAGAGAACUUCGUGCGACCGGUGGUUUUCCCUGCGAGGUCCAGCUAG